AUGUCGCUAUCUCGCUUGAACAGAGCUCUUCCACAGCAAGUCUUGGCCAUUCGGUUGGCUCACGUCUACAAGCCGGCAGCCAGACAAUUGCAAGUCCCAGCUGGAACUCAAGGAUUCUUCCGUUAUGAAAGAGAUGUCUCUCGUGACAAGCGUUACUCCAAUCCUCAGAAGCCAGGAGAUACUCCAUCCAGGUACGUUGAAAAAAAUCCCUUUCUAUUGGUCCUUUUAGAUUCAUGUUGAGAAAACUGGGUCAUGCCUACGAGUUGUACCCAUUGUUCGUUCUUGUUGGAGCUUGGUUCGUCAUCUUCUGUUACACUGUCUAUAUCUCCUUCGAAAAGAUCGAGAUCUGGUUGGACAGAAGUGAGUUUGCUUUGCUAAAACUAACCUGAUUUACAUUGAUUUCUUUGGAACUGAUUCGAUACUAAAAAAUUGAAACUUUAAUUGCUAUCUUAACUAUUAAUAGCUCCUCGGGUUAUGAACUACUUUUGCUAAUAAAUGUACGUUUAGGUCAGGAAAAAGCUCCAUGGGAUUGGGAGAGAAUCCGUGACAACUACUACAAGAAGCCCACGCUGGUGUUCGACAGAGAGGGAGUCAGCCACGCUCGUCUCGAGAUCAUGGAGAAGCUGCAAGACGAGAUGGUCAAUGCUGCCAAAGCCCGCGGAACUCGUUAA